AUGGAGAAAGAGUCAAUGUUGGAUUUUGAAGUUUGUGAUAUUACAUUGUCUCAUGACAACAGUAAGUCUGUGAACUUGUCAAACAGAGCAUCUACAUCCUCCAAAAGGAAUUCGAGGUUGGAGGUUAAAGAAGAGGUUGAUAAGUUAUCAUCAUUUUGUCGACACAAGGAAAAAUUACUGUUGUCUAUUGGUGGAAUUGUUGAAUUUCGUAAUGCAUUGUCGAAGUUUUCUAUUGAGUGUGGAUUUGAGUUCAUAUUUGUUAAAAACGAUAAAGUUCGUGUUUCCGCACAAUGUUUGUUUAGAGAGACAAAAGGUUGUAUGUGGAAUGUUCAUGGUAGAGUGGAGAAUGCUAAUGGGUUCUUUUAUAUAAGGAAGCUGAACAAUGUCCACACAUGUGGUGCUAAAGUACGUACGAUGAAUUAUUCUCGUAUGAGUUCUGAUUUAGUUGUUGAUUUGAUUGUUAAAGGUGUUCGUGAUAAUCCAUUGACACGUCCAGUUCAUGUUGUUUGGGAUUUUAAGUUGGGAAAUGGGCUGAGAUUAAGAUGGUAUGUGGAUGUUGCAAAGAGUUGCAAUCCAUGGAGUUACAUUGAGUUUGAGUGUGACGAUGAUAUUAAACGGCUUAAGAUAUUAUUUGUUGUUUUUCAUGGUUCCAUUGGUGGAUUUGAUUAUUGUCGACCUCUCUUAUUCCUUGAUGGCACAUUUUUGAAAGGAAUAUUUAGAGGAAAUUUAGUUGCUGCUACAGGAAAAGAUGGAAAUCAAGGGUUCUUUCCUGUUUGUUUUGUAGUUGUAGGCUCAGAGAAUCAAGACAACUGGCGUUGGUUUUUUGAGCAUUUGAGUACAAUUGUUUCACCAAAACGAAAUAUUGCAUUCAUGUCAGAUCGUAACCUUAGAUUAGUUGAAAUUUUGCUAAAGCUUAUCACUCUGUUUGGGAAAUGUACAUAUGCUCCAACUGAAGAAACAUUUCAUCAAUGGUUGGUUGAGUUAAAGACUGAAGGUGGGCCAAGAGUUGAAAAGGUUUUAGAUGACAUACCAUAUGAUCAUUGGAGUAAUGCAUAUUUUCGAGGGCAACGCUUUGGAGAGAUGUGGUCAAAUGUAGCUGAAUUUUUCAAUUCAUGGAUACGAGAGAAACGCCACUUGCGUAUCACAAAGUUGAUUGAUAGUGUAAGAAUUAAGUUGAUGAGGAAAAUUGCUAAGAAGAGGGGACUUGUUAAUAAAUGA